AUGCCCAAAGGGAGGCCAUCCCAACCCAGCGAGUGCCCGGGUGCCUGGUUUGCUCAUAUUGGAGUAUGCAAGAGUCUACCUCAGUCAACUACCAGAUCUGCGCUUGAACAGGUCCACAACGCAGAAGCGGCUCGGUAUGCUGAGGAUAAAUUGCCGCUGGCGUACAAAUUUCGGGAGCUGAAUUUCCCAUUUUCUUCUCAUGACAACAGACACUCUCUAGAGAACGUGGGAGAGUAUUUUGAUUUGGGUAUGGGCCGGCGGAAGGUGAAGCCAGAGAGAUUGCAACAGAACCCACAGAACUACUUCCUAUGGGCUCCCGAAUCAGUUCCUAGCAGCAAAGAUGGCUCAACCAUUUACCAGACGUCGUUUGUGGCACAUCAAAAUACCAAGAGCCCGUUUUAUAGGCGGUAUCCAAAACACCACACAGAAGAAUGUUGCAUUGAAUCAGUGGCGUGGCUGUACCUCAGGCAGCUGACAACAUCUGUGUUGACAGAAGUAUAUAAUGGAGCUCGAUCCUUCAGGGUUUGCCACAACCGAGAGCCAAGUGUUCAG